AUGGAUAAAAGCAAGGAAAAAGAAGAACAGAGUAUCAUGGAUAAAUCCAUGAGAUCUGUUUUUGUGGGAAAUAUACCUUACGAAGCAACGGAAGAGAAAUUAAAAGAUAUAUUUAGUGAAGUUGGUCCUGUGUUAUCCUUCAAACUAGUGUUUGAUAGAGAAACUGGUAAACCAAAAGGUUAUGGUUUCUGUGAAUAUAAAGAUCAGGAAACUGCUCUCAGUGCUAUGAGAAAUCUAAACGGAUAUGAAAUUGGCGGUAGAUCGCUCAGGGUUGACAAUGCUUGUACUGAAAAAUCUAGAAUGGAAAUGCAGGCAUUAAUGCAGGGGCCACAGGUUGAAAACCCAUAUGGAGAUCCUGUGGAUCCAGAGAAAGCUCCUGAGGCUAUUAGUAAAGCCGUUGCUACUUUACCACCUGAACAAAUGUUUGAACUCAUGAAACAAAUGAAAUUAUGUAUCCAGAACAAUCCAACAGAAGCCAGGAAUAUGUUGCUACAGAAUCCUCAACUUGCGUAUGCUUUGUUGCAAGCACAAGUCAUAAUGAGGAUUGUGGACCCCAUCACAGCUGUUAGUAUGUUGCAUCCCAGCAAUGCUGUUCCUCCAGUUUUACAACCAGGUGAUAAGCCACCCGUCUCCAAUGUAUAUAUGCCGAAUCCACCACCUCCCGUUCAACAACCACCUCUAUUGUCUAAUCCACCUCCGACCCAGAAUCAAUAUGUUCCUCGUCCACCACAACAAAUGGAUACCGAUCUACGCAACUCUCGACCUCCUCUAUUAGACCAAGACAUGCGCAGUCUGCAUCACACUGCGCCGCCGCCCGUACAUCCGCCCGUUCAGGAUAAACCACCACUGGAUGUUAAUGAUAAUUCGUUUCCCCGUGAUCCUCGUCUCGCUAGUAUGCCGUUCAACUCAGACCCUCGCGUGCGAUCGGACCCGCGCACGCAAACUAAGAUGCCACCCCAAAUGCCCCCAGGAAUGCCAAGUAUGGCUCAAGCAAGAACUAUACAGGGUAUACCCUCAGGUGCUUCUGACCAAGAGAAGGCUGCCUUAAUUAUGCAAGUGUUACAGUUAUCCGACGAACAAAUAGCGCUGUUACCACCAGAACAACGCGCUAGUAUUCUUAUGCUUAAAGAACAAAUAGCUAAAAGCACACAACAACGUUAA